GCUACGUGCGCGCGUUUACGUCAGAACGAGGAAGGAAGGGCGUGGACGUGCUGGGGUGUCGCGUGCUUGCAGUCGUCGUCGAGUCGUCGUCGAGUCGUAGUCUUUGAUAUGAUCGUGGAGACGGUCUGAGUCCCGCAGACAUGGAGGUUCAAACAGUUCUUCGGAUGGUUCUGGUUCUGGUUCUGGUGGCCGGGCUGAGCGGCGCUCGAGCCGUGGAUACGUACUUCACGGAGGGCGGGAAGUUGGUGGUCGAGCCAAAGGUGGCUGCGAAGAUCUCGAACAUCCUGUGGAAGCACAACGGAAACCUGCUGGCGGAGUGGGUCGAAGACGCGAUGCCCCUGACUUACUACAACCGGUUUAAAGGCCGCACCGCGCUGGACGUCACCACCGGGCGGCUGGAAGUCACGACCGCGACCAAAGACGACGCCGGCGCGUACACGUUAGAGAUCAACAGCAAGGUCCACGGUGAGAGCUUCACCGCUAAAGUCAUCAAGGAGGUGCCCACGCCGUCCGUUUGGAUCCAGCCGGUGGCCUGCACCCCUCAAUCCGAGUCCUGCACCCUGCUCUGCGAGGGACGCACCCCACAAGGCGACACGGAGGAUACCACGGGGGCUGAACCCAUCACCUACAGCUGGAGGGAGGAUGGAGGGGACUGGACCACAUCAGGGAAGGACAGAACCAUCAACAAGGAGACAGCAGGAAUAGAGAAAUUCUCCUGCCAGAUGAAGAACCCGGUCAGCACGAAAGAAAGUCAACCCCAUGCCAACCCCUUCUAUGUAACAACACCACCACCAACAGCAUCUAACGAUGUUGGUGGUAUUGUUGGGGGGGUCCUAGGAGUCUUGGCUGUGGUUGGUUUUGGUAUUGCUGCGUACUUUAAAAGAGAAGCUUUGAAGAGUUUUCUAUGUGCAGCCAGAGACGAUGAAAGUAAAGCGGAUUAUGAGAAUGUACCAAUAAAUGAAAGUCCUAAAACCGACGAUGUGAAUGCACCACCAAAUGAAAGUCCUAAAACCGACGAUGCGACGGCCACUGCAGGAAAUUCCCACUGAACAAUCAGCAAACACUGAGGAUGGAGGGUGGAGGAUGGAUGCCGCCCCAGCUGGGCCGUGUGAAGACGUGGAGCUCUGUAGUCUCUCACAAUCAGCACUUAAGACUACAGACUUUUAAAGUAGGACCAGUGUGUAGGAUCUCCAGAUUGCAACCUCCCCUCGUCACCUUCCGCUGCCCCCACGUGGUGUUGGAGGAGGUGUCCGGUCAGUUUGUGGUUCUCCAUGGAGCCACCUGUACUCAGAUCUUACACACUGGACCUAAUUAUAAUUUUUCUUUUAAUGUGUUUUUAAGCAUUCAUCUGUGUGCCUCACCGACUGUUACUCAGAGCGGAACAUUUCUAUUCUUUCUUCCAGAGACAUUGGGGAAAAAACAGCAUGAGUCAUGGAUAAUUAUCUUACUGCAGGGGUGUCCAAAGUGUGGUCCGCGGGCCCAACGCGGCCAAAGCUUCAUUCAUGGCCUGCUAGGAUUGUCAGAUACCGUACGGCUGACUUUUGGUUGACAUGACGAAGCAUUAAGGACAGAGCUGGCUGUAGAUGUGACAACAGUAAGAGUGAUAUGUUUUAAUGUUCACAGACUGUGACUGCAUUACUCAUAAUGUCAUGUUUAAAAUGAGCAUGCGCACGUUUAACGUGUUCAUUCAAUUUAUUCUUUGUUAUGACUCGUGAAAGGAAGGAGGGAAGAACUGGUUUUAUAUUUGGUCGCGCCUGAUUGAUGAUGGUGAAAGAUAAUUGUGACAAUGACAAUAAUAUUUAGAACAUUUGUAUGUAACUUUUUAUUAGUAGUAGUAUUGGCCCCCAGGUGUCUUGACCUCUUCACAUGUGGCCUUGUUUAAGAAGUUUGGACACCUUUGUAUUACUGCUCUGAAACAUGCAGCGUUUGUAUAUAUAUAAUAUAUAUAACUUGUAGGCUGUUACUAUAAGGCUUGGCUGUGCAGGAGUAUCAGUGAGAUGGGCACCAACGUGAUAUUAUUAUAAUCAGACUAAUGAACUAUUGUAAACAUGCUAACACGCAUGGCUGUAUUGGCUUUUACUGGAUUAUGUAUUUAUGUUUUUAAACAAACAAACAAACAAACAAAAACAUCAAAUCAGAUAUUUUACAAUCAUGUCCAACAUUUUGUAUAUUGUUUUUUUUUUUUAAAUGAAUGUCUGUAAUUCAAUAAUUGGGUUUUACGGCAUAAUUUAUUUGUUAUUAUUUCAAAGAAUUAGAGCUUUUGAAUAAAGUGGUUGAACUUUA